AUGACAGAGAUGAAGGAACUUAAAGCCGAUGUCCUCAUGAACCAAGCUUCCAAUGAGAAAUGCCUGAACAAUUUCACGGAAACCUUGCGCAAUUACGAGAGAGAGAACCGAGACCUUGCCAGACUCAUCUACCGUUUCUUCGAAGAGAUAGACGCCAUCUGGAAGGUACUCGGAAAGGACAGAACAUGCAACACCGUACUUCGUGAGUACCAAAUUGAAGAAGGAAUUGUCGAGGAAGAAGAGGAAGAAGAGGAAGAAGAGGAAGAAGAAGAAGAGAAACACGAAGAAAAGGAAGUUUGGUCAACCCUUGUUGCCGAUGACGGUUACGAAAUUUCCCAACCCUACCCAUACCAAAUCCGCAACAAGGAGACAGGCAAGGUUCUUACCCCAGUCCUCAACAACUUGGGACACUUGAACCUUAACCUUCGGAAUCGCGGUUCAAUCUCCAUGGGCAAGCUUGUCGCAAUUCAAUGGGUUCCAAAUCCAGGCAAGAAGACGAAGGUCAGACACAUUGACGGUGACAAGCUCAACAACCGUAAGGAGAACCUCGAGUGGUUCUAA